CUCUGGCCGCUGCAUCCGACUCAACGAGGAGCUCCAGCUGAUGGGGACCAUUGCACCCACAGYACAGCGUGAGUAGGGUGGGGUGACUGGGAUGUACUGGGAUGUGCCAUCGUGGUGUCAUCGUGUCCCCUGCCAGGCUGUUCCACCUACAUGGACAUCGUCCUGGUUCUGGAUGGCUCCAACAGCAUCUACCCCUGGGAGGAGGUGCAGGCAUUCCUCGGGAACAUCCUGGGACGCUUCUUCAUCGGUCCUGGGCAGACCCAGGUGGGGGUGCUGCAGUACGGGGAGCAGCUCGUGCAGGAGUGGGCGCUGGGGCAGCACCCCACGGCUCAGAGCCUGCUUGAGGCCGCUCGGAACCUGACCCGUCAGGAAGGGAGGGAAACGCGMACGGCCAUGGCCAUCCGGCAGGCAUGCACUGAGUCCUUCAGCCCGGCACGAGGUGGACGCUCAGGGGCCACGCGGCUGCUGCUGGUGGUGACAGACGGGGAGUCCCACGAUGGGGAUGAGCUGCCAGCAGCACUGGCUGAGUGCGACCGGCACAAUGUCACCCGCUAUGCAAUCGCCGUUCUGGGGCACUACCUGCGUCGGCAGCAGGAUCCCGAGGAUUUUAUUCGCGAGAUCAAAUCCAUCGCCAGCGACCCUGACGAGAAGUAUUUCUUCAAUGUCACUGAUGAGGCUGCCCUCAGUGACAUUGUGGAUGCUCUGGGAGAUCGGAUCUUCAGCCUGGAAGGCACCCAUGGGGACAACGAGAGCGCCUUUGAGCUGGAGAUGUCCCAGAUCGGCUUCUCCGUCCACCACCUCGAGGACGGGAUUCUCUUUGGAAUGGUGGGAGCCUAUGACUGGGAGGGGAGCGUGCUGGAGGAGAGCCAGCGUGGGCGCAUUGUCCCACCCCGGGAAGCAUUUCAGGAGGAAUCCCCGCUGGAGCUGAAGAGCCAUGCAGCAUAUCUGGGGUAUUCCGUGUCCUCGCUACAGCUCCCGGGGGGGCAGCGCUUGUUUGUGGCUGGAGCCCCCCGAUUCCAGCACAAGGGCAAAGUUGUCCUCUUCCAGCUGGACCCCACAGGGACUGUGACUGUGACCCAGGCUCUAAUGGGGGAGCAGAUCGGCUCCUACUUUGGCAGCGAGGUUUUGGCCCUCGACCUGGAGGGAGAUGGGGACAGUGACCUGCUGCUGGUGGCAGCGCCCACCUACCUGGGGGACCAGAGCAGGGAGACGGGGAGGGUCUAUGUGUACCGUGUGGGACAGGACCACCUGAGCCUGGCGGGGUUGCUGCACCCUGACCCGAGGCCGCAGGAUUCCAGAUUUGGCUCUGCCCUGGGCACGGUGCCGAACCUGAGCCAGGAUGGGCUGGCUGGAGUCGUCGUGGGAGCUCCGCUGGAGGAUGGGCACCGCGGGGCUCUCUAUGUGUUCCACGGCGCCCCRGGAACCCUUCUGCCCCAGUACAAGCAGCGCAUCGAGGCAGUGGCGCUGGGAUGGAGCCUCCGGUAUUUCGGGAUCAGCGUGGACGGACGGGUGGACAUGGAUGGGGAUGGGCUGGUUGACGUGGCCGUGGGAGCGCAGGGUGCGGCUGUCGUGCUGCGGUCCCGCUGGAUCAUCCAGGUGUCUGCACGGGUGUCUGUGGAGCCGGCGGCUGUCAGUGUCACACGACGGAACUGCCAGCGCAGCGGCUCUGGAGCCGUCUGCCUCCGCACCCGGAUCUGCUUCCGUGCUGGGACACGCACACAGAGCCCUGUGGACAUGGACAUCGAUCUCCGGUACAACGUGUCCCUGGAGGAGCAGAUCCCAGGGUCUCGUGCCGCCUUUGACUCGGGUGCCCGCCGGCUGCUUCAGCGCCAAAUUGAGUUGCCACUGGGGAGGCAGAGCUGCAUCCGUGUCCCCUUCCACGUCCUGGACACCUCAGAUUACCUGCGGCCCCUCAGCCUCACUCUCAMCUGGGCCCUGGAUGGAGCUGCGAGCUCGGUGCUGGAUGAGGCAUCUCCCAGCACCAUCCGCAAACUGAUACCAUUUUUCAAGGAUUGUGGGGAUGAUGAUGAGUGUGUCACCGACCUGGUGCUCAAGGCCACCACGGACAUUGUGGGCUCCAGGCAGAGCCCCCACAUUCUGCGGAAGGGCCGGAGGCAGAUGCUUGUGGAGGUAGAGCUGGAGAACCGGGAGGAGAAUGCUUACAAUGCCAGCCUGUGGCUGCACCUGUCUGGGAACCUCCACUUCUCCAGGUUCAUGCUCCAGGAUCCCAGCACAGUGAAGUUGGAGUGCUCAGCACUGGGUGUGCACCACCGGCGCUGCAGCGUUGGGUAUCCUGUGUUCCGUUCGCAGGCCAAGGUGUCCUUCAUCCUGGAGCUGGAGUUCAGCUGCUCUGUCCUUCUGGACCGUGCUGAAGUCAUGCUGCAGGCCACCAGUGGCAGCACCGAGGYGACACCAGAGGACAACAUGGUCAAGCUUUCUGUCCCCAUCCACUAUGAGCCCGAGCUGUUCCUAUCCAGUAACACCAACCUGCACCGCUAUGAGAUUCAUCCCCUUGGCAGCUUCACCCACAGCUCUGGCCCCGAGUUCACCACCAUGGUCAAGGUGCAGAAUUUGGGAUGCUAUCCCAUUGAGAAUGUCACCCUGCACAUGGCCCUGCCAGCACUGGGCCACCGCCAGGCCACCAUCCUGUCUGUCACCCAUGUCCUGGCUGACAACGCCACCUGUAUGUUGCGACUUUCCCCUGGGGGCACACGGGUGGUGCCAGUGCCCCCCGAGGACCUGCUGCACACGGACAGGCUGGACUGUUCCAAUACCUGGUGCCAGGAGCUGAGCUGCCGCUUGGGAAGGCUGGACCGUGGCAAGGGAGUCUCUGUCCAGCUUCUCCGCACUCUCCACGAUGGCUUCUUCAGCGGAGUGAAAUUCCGGAGCGUGAAGAUUGUCAGCAGUGUGUGGCUGGGAGUAGUCAGGGGUGUGUUGGUUCUGGAGGAGGGGGUGCAGCGCAGGGAGCUGGUGCUGGAAGUGUUCCAGGGAAGGCGGGUGCCCGUAUCCCUGUGGAUCCUGGGAGGCAGYGCCCUGGCAGGGCUCCUGCUCCUGGCACUGCUCAGCCUUGGCCUCUGGAGGCUGGGAUUCUUCUCCCACCGGAAGCCUUCCCAGGAGGACCAGGAUGAGGAACACUGAGGUGGCAGCUCUGCCGCGGAAGGAGAUCCCGGAACCUCCCCGGACCCAUUCCAGGGCCAUCCCGAGGCCUGGGACUCCUGGGCUGGUGGAGGGAUGAGCCAAUGAGGCUGGGGCCCCGAGAGUGGAACUGGAGGAUUUGUGGGGACACGAGGAAAUGUGAAAAGGGGGAACGAGGCAGACCGGAGCAACUCCAGCAAUAAAGCUCCAGCCUGUG